AUGUGCAUUUACACGAAAACACUCACAGCAAAAAUUAAUACGACACAGGACGAGCACCCUCAUGAUGGGAAACGAACCCGUACAGUUAUUACAGCGGCGCAGAAGGCUAUCCUGGCAGAGGCGUACGGAGAGUACCAAGUCCCGGAUACAAGGCAGAAGCAGGUGCUUUCGCAGCGUACUGGUUUGCCAGCGAGGGUGAUUCAGGUAUGGUUUCAAAAUAAAAGGGCUAAGGAAAGGCGGGCAAAGGAGCAGCAGCGUGACGUCCCGGGUAAUACCAGCUAUGCCCAAACGGGGGUCAGUCAAAUGAACAGUUUCAAUCAUUAUCCACAAGCCCCAAGUUACAGACCUCAGCAAAUGAAUGGCGCACAAUCGACCAUAGGGCUCGGCGGGAACAAUAAUAACAUGCGACUGAAUCCCGGGCAACCCGGUUUCAAUCCCGUAAUGAGUCCGGUGCUACAGCAAUUGCAGCAACAGCAACUACAGAAUCAGCAAAUGCAGCAAAUGCAGCAGGUACAACAGGCUCGGCACCAGCAGAAUCUGCAACAACGCGCUGCCGCCGCUCAAGCAGCGAAUGCCAAACACCAAGCCCAACAAGCACAGGCCAAAGCCCACGUACAAGCGCAGAUGCAACAGCAGAUGUCCCAACAGCAAAUGGCGCCGCUGCAACAGCCACAGUCACAACCCAGUCUCCUAAUACAACAGCCACAGUCACAGCAACAACCGAAUUCACAGCCUACCCUCGUGCUGAACAACCCGCACCAGCCGUCGCCCCAACAAGGCUACAUGACCCAGCAGCAGAUGAACUCGUACGCACAGCAGCAGAUGAACCAGUCGCCCAGUAUGCAGAGCAUGAAUCAGCAGAUUAUGGUCCCAUCCACCAUACAGCAGUUGCAGCUACAACAACAGCAGCAGCAACAGCAACAGCGGCAGCAACAACAGUCAUACAACCUGCAACAGCAACAGUCACUCAACAUGCAGCAACAACAACAGCAGCAACAGCAACCGCAACGCUCGCCUAUGAUGAGUACCAAUAUAGACUCACCACUUCUCAACACUCCGGACCUUGACACUCUGGGCGGACCCCAAAGCAUGUCGAGGGUCAAAAGCAUGCCUAACCUCCUGGAGCAGGAGACAGAUCUGAACAAUGUGUUUGGGAAUAUGCAACGGAUGAAUAUGGACCCCACAAACAUGCCUACGAGGCCAGGGGAGCAAAGCGGUGGCAGCAGUUUGGGCCAUGGAUUGUGGGAUUCGAAAAGCCAGGACGAGCUGGUGCGUGAGAUGGAGAAUACCAUAUCUGAUAUCCAUUUGGAGGCCCCCUCCAUUGCGGAACUCAACGAACUAUUCAGCAACUUCGAGAACGGCAACAAAAACAAUCAAGCUAUGAACAACAACAACAACAAUAACAACAACAACAACAACAACAUUAACACCAAUAACAGCACCGAUAAAGCUUACCGAGCAUUUAGUCACGACAGCAUGGCUUCGCCGCACCCACAGCUAGGCGGCCCUCAGCAGCCAAUUAUGCUGCAGGGAAUAAACAGCCAGGGCGUUGAGCAGUACGAGUUCUUAGGUAGUCACAGUGCCAGUACCAUGAACGGGCAUAUGGGAGGCCUGCCGAGAGCGGUGUCGACGUCGUCUUUGAUGGAUAAACAGCAUAUGUCACUACCGCUUGGCUCGGCGAGUACUAUGGGAAGCCAGACAAAUCUGAGCAGUCUGCAACAUGUCAAUAGAGGUGACUUCCGGCCGCAGAGACACUCGCCGUAUACCAUGCAGAGAUCUAUAUCGAGGCCCGCCUCCCCAGCAAACGCCCUUGUCGAUAGAGCAAGUGACUUGAAUCUACAGGCCAUGCAGCCGUUGGCACAAUCGGGCUCGGAGAACUUUAAGUCAUCUUCGAAUCCGAAUUUCCUGGGACUUAGCAGUCUCAGUAUACCCGACAACGGAAUGCCCGGGAUCGAACUUGAUGUGAGGAGUAUUGAGGAUAUGAUUAAUAAUCUAUAAGUGGCUGCCGCUAAGUUUUGUGUAAUAAGCGUACAAGGUGCAUGAUGGCGAGUGUCGGACUACGCAUUUGCAUAGAAUGGUAACUUGAAAAUAACGUAUGAGGUCAGAGAUAGCACACACAAUUCAACUAUGUCAAUCGAGAACGAAGCUGUAAUGUGAGUAGCUCAACGCAAGCACCACAGGAAUGUAAUGAAAUAUUCGAAUUCGAUUGGAAGGGAAAAGCAAAGGAUGAAUCCUAAAGAAUAAUAAAGCCCUGCAUUGGA